CGUCUUUAACAUCUGUCUCUCUCUCUCUUGAUUCAGUUCAGAACCUCUUGAAAGAGAAUGGCGAUCUCAGUAGAUAAUCUAUUGAAAGAACGAAAAUACCCAUUCAUCUUCUCUCUCUUCAUCUUACUCGUCUUCUUCACAUUCCUUCUCUUAACCAACUCUCAAUACUCCAUUUUCACUGCCGAUCUCUCUAAGACCCAAUCAAAACCAAUACCUUCUUCUUCUUCUUCUUCUUCUUCUCCGCAUUCAAAUCCAACCCAUCCGAUCUCAAAUGCUAGCCCAAAUACACCGUCUCAGCAACACGACGGCGUGGCGUCCAAUUUCAGUACUGUUGAACCAAGUGAUGUGGAAUUGCUGGAUUGGAAGGUCUGUGAGGGUUCUGUGGCGGCUGAUUAUAUACCAUGUCUUGAUAAUUUCAAGGCUAUAAAGGCGUUGCGCUCAAGGAGACACAUGGAGCACAGAGAGCGGCAUUGUCCAAAGCCGAGUAGUCCGCGGUGUUUGAUUCCGCUUCCCAGAGGGUAUAGGGUUCGAGUUCCAUGGCCUAAAAGCAGGGACAUGAUCUGGUAUGAUAAUGUCCCUCAUCCAAAGCUUGUUGAAUACAAAAAGGAACAAAAUUGGGUACGCAAGUCUGGUGAUUAUCUUGUUUUCCCUGGAGGUGGUACUCAAUUUAAGGAUGGAGUUACUCACUACAUUGACUUUAUAGAGAAGAACUUGCCAACAAUCGAAUGGGGAAAGCACACGAGGGUUAUUUUAGAUGUCGGUUGUGGUGUUGCUAGCUUUGGUGGCUACUUACUUGACAAAAAUGUUAUCACCAUGUCAUUUGCCCCAAAGGAUGAACACGAGGCUCAGAUACAGUUUGCUCUUGAGCGGGGAAUUCCUGCUACUCUUUCGGUUAUUGGAACUCAAAGGCUGACAUUUCCAGAUAAUGCAUAUGAUUUAAUUCACUGUGCACGAUGCAGGGUCCACUGGGAUGCAGAUGGUGUGCUGUGACCGUUUACACUUUGUCAAUGUGAUUGGUCUAGAGUCCUUAUAAUGCCAUUCAUUGUAGGUG